GAACCGUGAGCUCGAGCUCCCUCCAGAUCCAGUCCGUACACUCCAUUUCUUAAUCCAACGGUCCACGUUUCAUCACCCCCACGGUCUCCCUUCCCAGCUCCAUUUAUUUACACAUCAUCAUUUUCUGAUAUGCACCUCCCCCAUUUUCACAUCUCUCUCUCUCUCUCUCUCUCUCCCUCUCCCUCUCUCCGAGCGCUCCUACCGGAAAAGGCAAGACUCCGACCAGUCUCGGAAAGGUUUAACGGCCUAAAAAAUGGCUGUGCAAUCGAAAAGUUCAAGCAGCUGGCUAUUGUCUCUCAAAGUUCUGCUGGUAUCCAUGGCUGUUUUAUUUGUGGCUGUGGCUUUGAAGGUCUCGGUUCCGGUGAUUUCAGAGUUCGCGGUCAAUGAAGUUCCGCUGAUAUGGAGGUUGGUUCUCUCGUGGUUCCGGCCUCCUUAUCUCUACCUCGUUAUCAACUGUAUAAUCAUCACGAUCGUCGCGUCUUCGAAGUUUCAAAGCAAUACGGACAGUCAGCAGGAAGCGCCGGCGGUGGAGGCCAUCAAGGGUCCCGGAGGCAUGCGGACGGAUUAUUCCGUGGCGUACGGCAGCGUUGUCGGGAAUGCAGUGGAAACAGUGGAGUAUAAAAUGGCAGUGCCUGAGGCUGAGUACAGCCGCGUCGGAGAAGAUACACCAGUUUCGGAGACGAAAACUACGGUGAAUGAUGCUUCGGAGGUGAGCAGCGGUGCCGACCUUGCUAGCUUGAGGUCUUCGGGAACCCCGCAGAAGAAGGAUUCUGCUGCGGAAGAUUCGUUUUCCACCGAGAAGCCGCUCGUUUCUGCGAGGUUCGGUCACCGCAAAUCGGUCAAAGCCAGUCCUGAGGGUGGGAAGGCGUUGAGAGUUUCCAAGCCGAAACGGCAGGACACGCUGGAGAGCACGUGGAAGACGAUAACGGACGGCCGUCCCAUGCCGUUAGCUCGCCACUUGAAGAAGUCCGACACGUGGGAGACGCACGGGCGCCACGGCAGCGGCAAUGCGGCGGAGACGCCCGAUCAGAUGAAGAAAUCGGAGACGUUCAACGACCGCAGCACUGCCAACUCGGCGCUGACUCGGUCCCCCGGCUCGGGGAAGCUCAGGAGAGAACCGUCGCUGAGUCAGGACGAGUUGAACCGGCGAGUCGAGGCAUUCAUCAAGAAGUUCAACGAGGAAAUGAGGCUCCAGCGGCAGGAGUCUCUGAACCAGUACCACGGGAUGAUAAGCCGGGGUGCCCAUUGAAAUUUCGGAUAAUUUUGUGGGGUAAUAACCGAAAACACAAAAGUUUCUUUCGGUUUAGGAUCCUAUAGUUAGCAGAAAAUGAGGUGGCAACUCUCCACUCAAGGAAUCGGAUAGUUCUUCUUUAAGUCCUGUAAAAAUGAAUAUUUGUAUUUUGUUGCUCUCUGUUUUUUCGAUCGCAAGAAAAUAUUUCAUAGAUUCUCUUUA